CACGGCAGUGGACCGGCGCGGCCCUCCCGGGCGUUUUAACGCGCCGCCGCCAGGGGCGCCACUGUUGGCCGGGUGCCGAAAGCCGCGCGGGCGUGGCAGACGGUAAACGUACGCAGACCCCCGCCGCCGCCGGACCGAGGUCUCCGCAGUGCCGCUGCUGUCCCGUGAAGUCUCUGCCGCCGUCAGCCAUGGCCAACAUCCGCGUCCUGGGCCGUCCGUCCGGCUUCCUGAAGCUGCUGCAGAUCGCACUGUGUCUGACCUGUCUGGGUCUGAUCCGCAACUAUGGGCUCGCAUUCGGAGGCUCGUCGACGGGCGACGCGCUGAACAGACAGCUGGUAGGCAUCAUUGCCUGCGGUGGAAUGGUGCUGGUGACGGCGCCACUCCUCAUCGCUCUGGUGGCCGGAGAGAUCGCCAUCGAAAAGUCUUUCCUGGAGACGCUCUACAACGUCGUCGGGUUCAUCAUGAUGAUCACUGCUGGCAUCAUGGCGGUCGAGUUCUACAGCAACUUCGGCAGCUCCGAGACCCGUGACGCAGGCCUGGCUAUGGGCUCACUUGCCAUCAUCAAUGCCAUCAUCUAUCUAGUCGACGCGUUCGUGGCUUUCCGCAUCAAGCGCACUUUGUAGGCUGCCCUGCCUGCGACCACUGCGUCACCUAUGUUGCGAUCUGAGCGCCACCGUCCGUCCUCGGCGCGCGGCGUGCAGAGCUCCGCUCGCGUGCCGUCGCCAGCCGUCAUACGACCAACGUCACGAGCAGAGCAGAGGCGCCGCGUGGCCCGGGUCCGCCGCAGCUGCCACUGGCGGCCCGCCUCCCGCCCCCGGGCUACUGAACUGCCACCCCAGCGGUCAUGGAGCGGGACUGCCGCCGACGCAGCUCUACUGCCUUCUUUGUACAUACAUGUUUCCAUCUUUGGACGUGGCCUCUCAACGGUCCGGAGCGCCGGCCAGACGUGCUGAAUACCAAUACUUUACACAGCUUUCUCCUUAGCCUCACACUUUGUUUUGCCGUGGUCUGUAAGCUGUAUUUUCGGUAUCUCAAACUACAGACACUGACAUUUUUCCAUUGAGACGAAUGAGGCAGCGAGUUCAUGCACCCUUACCGAAUUUUAAGCGAGGAAAUUAAAACAUCUGAAGGGAAACCCAGUCCAGAGUGCAUUUAAAUCGCCAAGCUGCGAAGAUGAUUCGAAUGUACAAAUGACUAACGGUCAAAAUGGAAGUGUGUUUGUAAAUUACCAGUAGUUAUUUCGCAAGACCUACGGGGUAUUAGCUAGUUGUCGGUGCUAGUUUUGCCAUGAUGCUGCCCGUACCGACUAUGUUGGUACAAGCGUCCUUAUACUAGUUUACUUUUUAUCAAGCGUGCCUGGGCUAGAAACCGGCAUUAAAAGACAAAACAAAUGUCAAACAUCAAAAUCUUAUUUUCGGCAUGGCAAGAUUGUCUAACGAGCCUCCUUGUGGAAUUUACGUUCAAAACACUGUUUGCAUCGUUUGCGAUCUACGUAGGAGCGUGCAACUGGAAACCUCUGUUGCCACCGCAACGCUGGCCAGAGGUGACGCCUCGUGCGAACCUUUUGGCGUUACUCACUCGCUUUUGUGCUUUUGCAUGGUUCUGUGAACGCAGUGUUGUGUUAAUAAACGGAUAAAACAUCGA